AUGGGCGUGCAGGGCUUCCAGGACUACAUCGAGAAGCACUGUCCAAGCGCCGUGGUGCCGGUGGAGCUGCAGAAGCUGGCCCGGGGCAGCCUGGUGGGCGGCGGGCGGCAGCGGCCCCCGCAGACCCCGCUGCGCCUGCUGGUGGACGCCGACAACUGCCUGCACCGCCUCUACGGAGGCUUCUACACCGACUGGGUCAGCGGCGGCCAGUGGAACCACAUGCUCGGCUACCUGGCGGCGCUGGCCAAGGCCUGCUUCGGAGGCAACAUCGAGCUCUUCGUCUUCUUCAACGGCGCGCUCGAGAAGGCCCGGCUGCACGAGUGGGUCAAGCGGCAGGGCAACGAGCGCCAGACGGCGCAGCAGAUCGUCAGCCAUGUCCAGAACAAGGGCACCCCGCCGCCCAAGGUCUGGUUCCUGCCGCCGGUCUGCAUGGCCCACUGCAUCCGCCUGGCGCUCAUCCGCUUCCACGUCAAGGUUGCACAGAGCAUUGAGGAUCACCAUCAAGAAGUGAUUGGUUUCUGCAGAGAGAACGGUUUCCAUGGCUUGGUUGCAUAUGACUCUGAUUAUGCACUGUGCAACAUCCCCUACUAUUUCAGUGCUCAUGCCCUAAAACUGAGCCGGAACGGGAAAAGUUCAUGAACAUUUUACGGCUCUUGAAGUAUAUUGCCUGCUUUACAAUGCCUGAAUCCAAAUCGUUUUCCUAUUUUUGCUGCUCUGUUAGGAAAUCACAUUCUCCCUGAUGAAGAUCUGGCUUCCUUUCAUUGGAGUUUACUUGGUCCAGAACAUCCACUAGCUUCACUUAAGGUCCGUGCCCACCAGCUGGUCUUACCACCUUGCGAUGUAGUGAUCAAAGCCGUUGCUGACUAUGUCCGCAACAUUCAGGACACCUCUGACUUGGAUGCCAUAGCUAAAGAUGUUUUUCAGCAUUCACAGUCUAGAACAGAUGACAAAGUUAUUCGAUUUAAGAGAGCAAUUGGAUAUUAUUCAGCGACUAGUAAGCCUAUGUCAUUUCAUCCACCACAUUACUUAGCCAGACCCAGCCCAUUUGGAAUGCCCGGGAUGAUGCCACCCUGCGUUCCCCCCCAGAUGCUCAACAUUCCACAGACCUCUCUGCAAGCAAAGCCCGUGGCCCCACAGGUGCCCAGCCCAGGGGGCGCCCCAGGCCAGGGUCCAUACCCCUACAGCCUCGCUGAGCCGGCUCUCACAUUGGACAGCAGCAGGAAGAAUUUGACAGAGCAGAACAGCUACAGCAACAUUCCUCACGAAGGGAAGCACACGCCACUAUAUGAGCGGUCCUCACCCAUCAGCCCAGCCCAGGGCGGUAGCCCCAAUCACGUGGAUUCUGCCUACUUCCCUGGCUCUUCUACAUCAUCCUCUUCAGACAACGACGAAGGCAGUGGAGGGGCUACAAACCAUAUCAGCGGGAACAAGAUUGGCUGGGAGAAGACAGGAAGCCACUCGGAGCCUCAGGCACGGGGAGACCCAGGAGACCAAACAAAGGCAGAAGGUUCGUCCACUGCCUCUUCGGGAAGCCAGCUAGCCGAAGGCAAGGGGAGCCAGAUUGGCACUGUCCAGCCCAUCCCGUGCCUCCUGUCGAUGCCCACCAGGAACCACAUGGACAUCACCACACCUCCCCUGCCCCCCGUCGCGCCCGAGGUGCUGAGAGUGGCCGAGCACAGGCAUAAGAAGGGGCUGAUGUACCCCUACAUCUUCCACGUCCUGACGAAGGGUGAAAUCAAAAUUGCUGUUUCUAUUGAAGAUGAAGCCAACAAAGACCUGCCUCCGGCCGCCCUGCUCUAUAGGCCAGUUCGUCAGUAUGUUUACGGAGUCCUGUUUAGUUUGGCAGAAAGCAGAAAGAAAACUGAGAGACUUGCUUUUAGAAAGAACAGACUUCCACCAGAAUUCUCACCAGUGAUCAUUAAAGAAUGGGCAGCUUACAAAGGGAAGUCUCCUCAAACCCCAGAACUGGUGGAAGCUCUUGCCUUCAGGGAGUGGACCUGCCCUAACCUGAAGCGGCUGUGGCUGGGCAAGGCAGUGGAGGACAAGAACCGCAGGAUGAGGGCCUUCCUGGCCUGCAUGAGGUCGGACACCCCAGCCAUGCUCAACCCUGCCAGCGUGCCCACUCACCUCAUGGUGCUCUGCUGCGUCUUACGGUAUAUGGUGCAGUGGCCAGGAGCACGCAUACUGCGUCGUCAAGAGCUGGAUGCCUUCCUGGCUCAGGCGCUGUCUCCCAAGCUCUAUGAGCCGGAUCAGCUACAGGAGCUCAAGAUUGAGAACCUAGACCCCCGAGGAAUUCAGCUGUCAGCUCUCUUCAUGAGUGGAGUAGACAUGGCACUGUUUGCAAAUGAUGCGUGUGGACAGCCAAUCCCCUGGGAACACUGCUGUCCCUGGAUGUAUUUUGAUGGGAAGCUCUUCCAAUCCAAACUCCUCAAAGCCAGCCGGGAGAAGACCCCACUCAUCGACCUCUGUGAUGGUCAGGCUGAGCAGGCUGCCAAGGUGGAGAAGAUGCGGCAGAGCGUCCUGGAGGGGCUCAACUUCUCGCGGCAGAGCCACCCACUUCCGUUCCCGCCGCCCCCCACCCUGCCCUUCUACCCGCCCUCCGUGUACCCACGCCACUUCGGGGCUGUCCCACCAUCCCAGGGCAGGGGCAGAGGCUUUGCAGGAGUCUGUGGCUUUGGAGGCCCCUAUGGGGAACCGGUAGCAACAGGCCCUUACCGUGCCUUCCGGGUGGCGGCAGCAUCGGGACACUGCGGAGCCUUCUCAGGCAGUGACAGCAGCAGGACUAGCAAGUCCCAGGGCGGAGUCCAACCUAUACCUUCUCAGGGAGGGAAGCUAGAAAUCGCUGGUACUGUGGUUGGCCAUUGGGCUGGGAGCAGGCGGGGCCGUGGGGCCCGAGGGCCUUUCCCCUUGCAGGUGGUUUCUGUUGGAGGACCAGCAAGAGGGCGUCCAAGAGGAGUUAUUUCCACACCAGUGAUUAGAACGUUUGGAAGAGGGGGAAGGUACUAUGGCAGAGGCUAUAAGAACCAGGGCAUGAUUCAGGUAAGGUGACAGCACAGGGUUUCUGCCCAUUCACUCCCCUGGACGAUGCCUCCUCUCUGAGGUGGCAUCUCCAGUGUCUGUGCUCAGACAGGAGGGGUGAGGCAUCUAACACAAUGACUGAAGCAUAAGUGCUCACUAAAGGUAAAUUCCCUCGAGCCUAAGUCCUGUCCCUGUCAUUUGGGAACCUCUUCAAGUUGUCUCUAUCCUUUGCCAUGACCUUGUGGUCUUUGGUAGCUCCCUGACUAGUACAACUCUGUGGGCCAGGCUCACUGGGAGCAUCGCCUGCCCAGACACUCCUGGAGCAGCCACUUUUAGUGUCUGGGAUUCUUUAGUGGAAAACAGCAUUUCCAGACCACAAUCUGGGCACCAGUGGGUACUUUUUUCCACAGGAUUGGUGACUGUUCCUUGUGUUCUUCUGUGGACAGAGUGCAAGGGGAAAGUAUAUACAUGCCCAGAGUUCUGUUUCUUCACAGAUAAAUGUACACACACGACAUACACUGGCUUUUUCAUUUAUUUUUUUUUAGAUGAGAUCCUCAUGAAUUCCUGUUGAUAUUUCUAAUUCAAACUGAGGACUACAGGGCUUAAUCUCUUCUCUAGUACACGGGUUCGCCCUUUCUUCUGUUGUGAGUCACUGUAGGCUUUUCCUGUGCACACACACAUAUACUGUGCACAUAUGCACACACAUACAGUAUGCACACUUGU